UGCUGAUGGGCUGGUGCUGUGUCACUUGCAACGCCGGCAGCAUCAGCAGCGCCCAGCAAUUGCGGCAGGGCUCACAUAAGCUGUGUGGCCAGGAGCUCAAUAAGGCCGUGGAAAUGGCCUGCGAAAGUGGUGGCUACAACACACUGCAGAAGAAGCGAACCGAUGGCAUCGAUACCAUCGAUACCAUCGAUACCAGUGCAAGUGCAGAGCUGGCACUGCAAAAGGAUCCAGCGCAUGCCAGCGCCUUCCAGCUGAGUCCAAUCCUGUCCAGCAUCUAUGGCACCGAGGUGCUCAUCAAGACGCGACGCAUGCGGCGACAGAUGACCAGUGGCAUCUACGAGGAGUGCUGCGUCAAUUCCUGCAACUACUUUGAACUGUUGGCCUAUUGUCGUCAAAAAUGAAUUCAUAAUCAUCUACUACUCACACUCGAUACUGUACUCAUGCCAAACACAUAUUCGUACUCAGACUCGUACUCGUAUUCGUACUCGUAUUCGUAUUCGCACUCGUAAAAAUAAUCAUAAUCGUAAUCACUUAUUUAUGCAGCACAAAAUUUAGCUAAUGAAUAAAAGUAAAACUGUGCAAAAA